UUUGUGUAUAAAUAUGAGCAUCGUUCGUUAGUUUUGUAAAUAGUUUGCAAAAGCUAGAAAAUGCGCACCACUCUGUUGUUAUUGGCCCUGGGGUUGGCUGUAGUGGCAGCUGUUCCCAGAAAUCAGCAAAGGAUUGUUGGAGGAUCAGUAACCACUAUUUCGCAAUAUCCAUACGGUGCUGCCUUGUUGUACUCGUGGGGAGGUUCGAACCACCGUCAAAGUUGUGGUGGAACCAUCUUAAAUAAUAGAUCCAUUUUAACUGCUGGUCAUUGUGUAUGGCGCGAUUCUGCUAAUCAGUGGCGCAUCCGUGUUGGAUCCACCAACGCCAACAGUGGCGGUGUCGUCCACAACACUAAUAGAAUCAUAAUGCAUCCUAACUACAACUCUCGCAAUCUGGACAACGAUAUUGCUAUACUGCGAUCUUCUUCUAAUUUUGCAUUUAACAACAAUGUGCGCGCUGGAAGUAUUGCAGGAUCUAACUAUAACCUUGGUGACAACACACCCGUUUGGGCUAUCGGAUGGGGUGCUAUUGCUUUCCGGGGUCAAAGUUCGGAGCAGCUGCGCCACGUACAAGUGUGGACUGUCAACCAGAACACUUGCAGGCAGCGGUAUGCAACUAGAAAUUCCGCUAUAACCGACAACAUGUUGUGCUCUGGAUGGCUCGAUGUCGGCGGUCGUGACCAGUGCCAAGGCGACUCUGGCGGCCCACUCAUCCACAAUAACGUUAUCGUCGGUGUAUGCUCCUGGGGACACGAAUGCGCUCUUGCGUUUUUCCCUGGUGUUAAUGCUCGUGUUUCGCGAUACACUUCUUGGAUCCAGUCUAAUGCAUAAUUUUUUUUAAUAAAUUGAAUUGAAAUGCCAAA